AUCAAUUUUUUUUUUUUGUAAAGAUAAGAAACUGCGUCUUUAUAAAAGGAAAUUAAUUUGUCUGUUGCAUUCAGUAUCAGUUUGUUCAUUAAAAAAAAAAAGAAUUAAACUAAGUGUCAGUUUUAAAUUAAUAACAAUCAUGAAAAGUAUUUUAAUUUGUUUGGCGGUGUUUAUGGUGACGUUGAUGAUGGUUGAAGGUGAUGACAAGCCAAUUACACCAAUUCCAAGAAAUUGUCCAAAAAAAGACAGUUUAGAUUAUACCGUUCAUAUUGCUCACGAGAAAGAUUGUACAAGAUUUUAUAAAUGUCAAGCUGGAAAGAAAAUACCAAAAGAUGGUUUACAAUGUCCAAAAAUGAUUGAUGGUCAUCGUCUAUAUUUCAAUCCAUCACUUCAAGUUUGUGACUGGCCAUCAAAAGUUGAUUGUCGUUUGCCAAUAGUUGAUGACGAUGAACCAGACAGUGAAGAAAGAAAUAAUGAACAAUUUGAUGAUGAUGAUAAUAACAAUUUAUAUGAAGAUGAUCUUCCAGAAGAUUCUGUACUUAGUCGAUUAUUAAUGAAUUAAUUUAUAAUUAAUUUUAUUUAACUAUUAUAAUUUAUAAGGACGUAUUUUUGUACAUUCAUUUAAAAAAAUAUAAAAUAAAAAAAAUUCACAACCAA